UAGUGUGAUGGGCAAGCGUUGUCAGAAUCUGCUUCUUCAAAUAUACUUCCAAGUUGUAGAGGUUAUCCGCCAUGUCAAUCUCCCAGACUCCGUGCUAACCAGUGAUGGCACCACUGAUGGAAGUACCUGCAAGCUGGACGCACUCGUGCAUCGGUUGCUGACGCUGCUCGCAGACACCAAUGACUCGAAAACAUCGGAGAACCGUAUGGCAGAUGCCAACAUGGCCUGCAGAAAGUUGGCAGUGGCACAUCCCGUUUUAUUGCUUCGACAUUUGCCAAUGAUUGCUGCUCUGUUACAUGGACGAGUUCAUUUGAAUUUUCAGGAGUUUCGCCAGCAGAACCAUUUGAUCUUCUUUCUGCAUGUUCUGGGAAUCCUGGAAUUGUUGCAGCCGUAUUUAUUUCAGAGUGAGCACCAGGGGGCAAUGCAGGACUGCCUUCUCUCCUUCAUAUUACUUCUGCAGAAUUACGGGAAGUACUCCAGACUGAUUGCUUCUUUCAUCAAUAAAUGCGUGCAUUUUAUUCACAAGUUUAUAACCUACAAUGCAGCAGCAGCUGUCCCAUUCCUUCAGAAACAUUCAGAUGUGCUCCAUUACCUAUCACGGGAAUAUCCAGAGAUGGCUCUGCUGAAGUCCCUGCUGGCCGGAUUAACACUCCCAACUCGGAGUGGACUCAUUGAGGAGAAUGCAGACGAUGAAGAUGGGGAGGAAGAAGCCGCAGGCUCCCUCCCACUAGUCAGUUUUUCUGCUAUAACACCAAUAACCUCAGCUGAAGUGGCACCAUAUCUCCAAAAGAUUGCAAGAGGCCGUGCCCUAGAAGAUAUUCUGGAAGUCCUGAAUGAUAUUGAUGAGAUGUCAAAGCGUCGAGUGGAGGUCCUCUUCUUCUUUGCUAAUGAUCUGCAACGGUUAAUGAGCUCCCCGGAAGAACUGUCACGAAAUGCAGCAUUUGCCUUGGCCAUGAGGAGUAUCCAGAGCAAUCCACGUACUGCUGCUGAUUUUCUUCCAACUUUCAUGUACUGUCUCGGUUGUGGAAAUUACGAUGUGGUGCAGACAGCCCUGAAGCACCUUCCAGAAUAUGCGCUGCUCUGCCAAGAGCAUGCAGGACUCCUCUUGCACAAAGCCUUUCUGGUCGGAAUGUACAGCCAGCUCGACACAAGCCCACAGAUUGCAGAGGCCAUGAAAAUUCUGCACAUGGAAGCCACAACUUAAUGAUUGAACAGUAUAAACAGACUGUGGACUUGGAUGCGAGAUCAGACAUGAUUGGAGGCAUCAGAGAGGAAAUACUGUCACCACAAAGUCAUUGCAGGCAUCUUAUACAUUCCACA